UGGUAUCGCUGCCGCUGCUCCUGCGUCUUCCUCUCGGGACUUUUUCCAGGGCCUGGGCUGGGUGAGAGGGGACCUGGGAGCAUCCACCCGGACGGCCCGAGGGUCAGCUCGGCCUGCCGGCCUCGGCCGGGCUCCGCUCCUCCGGCGCGCUAGGGGCCGCGGCUUUGGUGGCGGCGUUACCCGGCAUGUAUCAGAGCCCGCGGCGGCUCUGUUCGGCUUUGCUGCAGAGGGACGCGUCCGGCCUGCGCCGCCUGCCAGCCCUCGGGCUGCGCCGCCAGUCGUCCCCACCAGCGGCGGUCCCCCGGCCCGCAUCACCCAGGCUCCUGGCGGCGGCCUCAGCGGCCUCCGGCGCCGCGAGGUCGUGUUCCCGAACAGUGUGUUCCAUGGGAAACGGUACGAGCAGACUCUAUAGUGCUCUCGCCAAGACACUGAACAGCAGCGCUGCCUCCCAGCACCCAGAGUAUUUGGUAUCACCUGACUCAGAACAUCUGGAACCCAUUGAUCCUAAAGAGCUCCUUGAGGAAUGCAGGGCUGUCCUGCAUACUCGACCUCCCCGGUUCCAGAGGGACUUUGUGGCUCUGAGGACAGAUUGCCCCAGUAGCCACCCACCUAUUAGGGUCAUGCAAUGGAACAUCCUCGCCCAAGCUCUAGGAGAAGGCAAAGACAACUUUGUACAAUGCCCUGUUGAAGCACUCAAGUGGGAAGAAAGGAAAUGUCUCAUUUUAGAAGAAAUCCUAGCCUACCGGCCUGAUAUAUUGUGCCUCCAAGAAGUGGACCACUAUUUUGACACCUUCCAACCACUCCUCAGUAGACUGGGCUAUCAAGGCACUUUUUUCCCCAAGCCCUGGUCACCCUGUCUAGAUGUAGAACACAACAAUGGGCCAGAUGGCUGUGCCUUGUUUUUUCUCCAGAGCCGGUUCAAGCUAGUCAACAGUGCCAAUAUUAGGCUGACAGCCAUGACGCUGAAAACCAAUCAGGUGGCCAUUGCCCAGAUCCUAGAGUGCAAGGAGUCAGGUCGACAGUUCUGCGUCGCCGUCACCCACUUAAAAGCACGUACUGGCUGGGAGCGGUUUCGAUCCGCUCAAGGCUGUGACCUUCUCCAGAACCUGCAAAACAUCACUCAAGGAGCCAAGAUUCCCCUUAUUAUUUGUGGGGAUUUCAAUGCAGAGCCAACAGAGGACGUCUACAAACACUUUGCUUCCUCCAGCCUCAACCUGAACAGCGCGUACAAGCUGCUGAGUGCUGAUGGGCAGUCUGAGCCUCCCUAUACUACCUGGAAGAUCCGGACCUCAGGGGAGUGCCGGCACACCCUGGAUUAUAUCUGGUAUUCUAAACAAGCUCUAAGUGUGAGGUCAGCUCUUGAUUUGCUCACUGAAGAACAGAUUGGACCCAACCGACUACCAUCCUUCAAUUACCCUUCAGACCACCUGUCUCUAGUGUGUGACUUCAGCUUUAAUGAGGACCCUGAAGGAGUUUUAUAAAUACUUGUCUGUGUCUUUUUAAUCACAAGAGUCUUAACCAGGGAUGUUUCAGGAAACUGAAAUACGAUAAGAGGUUGCCUGAGGAAGGAUUCCCAAUUUCUCUCUCUUCAUGUUUCCAGCAUGCCCUUGGGGAGGGAAUCCCAUUAGUUCACUAACUUUUUCGAUUAAAACCCACAGCAAAAAAAGGUGUUUGCACUCCAGUUUUGGCUUGUAUUGUUUUGUUUCCCUUAGUAUUUACAUUUUGAUAAUUUAAGGGCAUUAUAAAAUCUAUAAAAUCUCAGACUUGCUUGAGUCCUCCAUAAUUAACAAUAGGUAUGCAGGAGCAAUUUCUCUAGACAGCAUUUCCAGUUAUUUAUUUGUGAGUUUUUAAAUGUCAUCAAAAAUUAUGCAUGGCAAUAUUUAUUUUUUUAUAUCUUCAUGUAAAAUUAAUAAAUUACAGCAGUAUCAACAUUUUAGAACCAUGCAAAACACGUUAUAGAGAGUAAUUUAUAGUGACAAUCUUAAAGCUUUAAAAUGUUUGCGUUUGGGGUCUAACAAAAUAGUGGUGUACAAAGGAACUAUUUCCUCAAGGGGUUUUUGUAUGUUUGUUAUCUGAGUGGAAGAAUCAAGUCUCCCGGAUAUGUUCUUCAUACAUAACCCUUGCUAUGGUGCCACGUGCCUCAUUAUUUUGUUUGUUAAAGAGAUUCCAUGGUCAGUCUGUCUUCAUUAUUUAAUCACAUUAGGCAUUUUAUAUUUUUCCAUUAGAAUGCUGUUGGUAUACAUUUGAGAUUACUUGAAGUCAUUAUUUGUACUGGAAUGUGCUUUUCACAAUAAUUUGGGGGAUGUUACGUGGCAGUAACUAAGAACAUCAGUGGUACCCUCUUUUCAGAGAUGGGAAACUAGAAAGCCUGUUAGUAGGGCUGUCAUUGAAAUUUCCUAAGACAGCUAGAUGACUGUGGUUUGGACGGCUAGAAAGAAGAGAGGCAGAAAGAUAACCUGGAAUUCUCUUGUAUCAGAAAUAAAAGUGGUAAAGAUAACAGGUGAAAACCCUUUAAAGAAAAUAAAAAAUCCCAGCAAAAUAACUUACUGGUAAUAAAUUCAUAAAUAUUUUAGUCUGUGAGUUGUAAAUAUUAAAGAUUAAUAAACGGUCUUUUAAAGCUAGUGCUUGUAAUAUUUUUGUCUUUUUAGCCGCCAAGAGAACCUGGGUGUAGACUUGAUCUUUCGAUACUAUUAUCGAUACUAUCCAUUUACACAAAACCUUCAUUUUAAAAGUGGACAAAGGUGAGUCUACAGCUGCACAUUGAAGGCAUCAACCCUAUGCUUACAUAUAUCUCUCAGCACCAAAGUUGGAGUUCUCUAAGGUGGGCUCACCCAAAUAUUCUGCAUUGGAGCUAGUUUUGAAAACAAAUGAGGUCUUGAGGAUAUUGUAUAUACACAAUUUGGCAAGUAAAUCUGGGUAAGAAUUGAAAGCCAAAAUUAUGUUUGAAUUUCAUAUGUCGUCCACAAGUAUGAAUGGGGUAUAGGUUGAAGGUGGGGUUAGGGGUGGCUGGGAGUACCCUGGAGCAAAUGAAAGACCUCUGGAGAUAACCUGUGAUUGAGAUGUCACUGUAUAUUAAGUCUUAGCAUUAAGAAAAAAAUUCACAAUGGAACUCUCCUUAUGAGUUAUCCUUCAGAGUUACCAUGUGCUAAGCUGCCAGUGAGUUGGCUCCCAGUACAUGAGGGCCCCAUGCACAAUGGGGUUGGGCUAUUGUGAUCCAUAUGGUUUUCAAUGGCUAUUUUUUGAAGCAGAUCUUCAGGCCUUUCUUCCUAGUCUGUUUUAGUCUAAAAGCUCUGCUAAAACCUGUUCAGCAUCAUAGCAACAUGCAAAUCUCCACACAUGCAAAUCUCCACUGACAAGACAGGAGGUGGCUGCACUUGCGGUGUAUUGGCCAGGAAUUGAACCCACAUUUCCCUCACGAAAGACAAGAAUUCCACCACUGAACUACCACCUCCCCCAGAGUUAUCAUAGCAAGAGACCACAUAUUUCAAUGAUGCGUUUACAUUUAUCUUUGUUUAAAAUGUAAUUACGUGAACAUUUUGUGUAAAGAUUAAGAAUUUUUUAGUAUAUAAAUCUUGUUAGGUUUCACUUCAUAUUUUUACUUCACCUUAAGUCACCUUAUGGACUAUCAGAGUAGCCUGAAGGCAUGAUGGUAAAUCACAAAUAACAGUAAAUAACAAAUCUGUACUACUCGGACUAUAAAUUCUAGAUUGUUAAGUAUCUUCCAUGCAUGAAUUUCUCGUAUUCUAUCCCUGUGUAACUUGGUUCGGCUUUUUCUUUCAUAUCCCAUAUUUUGAUUGAUGUUAUGAGAGUCGUAAGUUGUGCAUAUCUGAAGAGGGGUGACAGUGGCCAUGGAUUUGUUUCUCCUUCAUGCCGGCUUUCAAUAGAUUCCAUUCUACAUGGUGACAGGAAUGACUGCCUCAUUUAUUUAAACAGCAUUAUGGUGUAUACAUUGGGAGAAACUAACAUUUGAGUUCCUUUGACAGCUUUACAUAUGCUCUUACAACUAUUAAUUUAUAGGUAGGGGCUCAAAUAAUCAAAUAAUUUGACCAAAGUGACAGCUCACAGUAACAGAGUCAGGAUUCAAACCCAGGUCUGCCUUGAUUUCCAAAGUGUUUGCUGCUUCUCCACCACCAUGUUCUCUUGGCCUCAAGUCAGUACAAAUGGGAAGAAAAGCGAUAUUAUGGGGAAAAGAUUUGCUCAUUUAUAAAUGGUAAGUCAAACACAUCAAAGUUGACAUACGUCAAAUAUUUUUCUAGUACACAUACAAUACUGGAAUAGAAUCAAGAUAGAGGGGCUGAAUGAUAAAAUUUUAAUUAUCCUAGUAACAGUAAAAUCUUGGCUUUGCCAAAAGUGUUAGAUACUGUGCAUACUUUGAAGGUAGCUUUUUAAGGAAGCAACAAGGAGAGCAGCUACUCUAGUAUUGUUUCAAACUAAAAGAAGAAACUGAUGCAAAUAUUCUGCAUCUGAACCAUUUUUUAAGACAUCCAAGAUUUUAUAAUAAUGAAGGGAAUGUUGCAUAUAAUUAGUGUGUCUUGGACUUGAAAAAGAUUUCAAAGAUUUUUUUCUUUUAGUUCUAGAGAGAAAAACACAUGCUCACAAUCAUAGUUGAUUUCAAUUUUAGAAAAGGAAAGGCGUCCAAAAAACGAAAUGUGCUUGCAUAAGGAACUCUGAUGAACUUUUUUUUU